CUGCAGCUUUAGUUUGUGACGCUCAGGCUUCUCAUCAGCUGACAGCGAGCAGACAGGAGAAUAAACACCUGGACUCUGUGGGGACGUUUGGAUGAACCCUGUCCUAAAGGAGACAGAGACAUGGUGUGGAUGAGGAUCUGCAGACUGUUUCCUCCUGUGUCCCAGAGGACGCAGCCUCCCCGCUGGAUUGAGUCGCUCUCUCGGUCUUUCCGCAGACACGCAGCGGCAGAGCUUCGCCGCAGCAUGGCCUCACACCCGGCGGCAGCGGACCCGAACACGGCCCGCUUCGACUUCCUGGUGAUCGGCGGCGGCUCCGGGGGUCUGGCCGGGGCUCGGAGGGCGUCGGAGCUCGGAGCGAAAACCGCCGUGAUCGAGAGUCACAGACUCGGAGGUACCUGCGUAAAUGUUGGCUGUGUCCCCAAGAAGGUGAUGUGGAAUGCAGCGGUUCACGCCGAGUAUCUCCACGACCACAGUGAUUACGGCUUUGACGUUGGAAAUGUUCGAUUCAGUUGGGAAACUCUUAAAGUCAAACGAGACGCUUACAUCACUCACCUAAAUCGCAUUUAUCGCAGCAACCUCGACAAGGCUAAAAUCCAAACUAUUCAAGGUCAUGCCAGGUUCACCAAUGAUCCUGAGCCGACUGUGGAGGUGGAUGGGAAGAAGUACACAGCGCCGCACAUCCUUAUCGCCACUGGAGGGCAGCCUACUGUUGCGAGUGAUGCUGAAGUUCCAGGGGCAAGUCUUGGCAUCACCAGUGAUGGCUUUUUUGAACUCGAAACUCUGCCAAAGCGCACUGUGAUUGUGGGCGCCGGUUAUAUCGCAGUGGAGAUGGCGGGCAUCCUUUCCACCCUUGGCUCCAAAACAUCCCUCGUGAUUCGACAAACAGGAGUUCUGAGGAACUUUGACAGCCUCAUAAGCUCAAACUGCACCAAAGAGCUGCAGAACUCGGGCAUAGAUCUGUGGAAGAACUCGCAGGUGAAGUCUGUGCGUAAAACAGAUCAAGGUCUGGAGGUGACGAUCACCACCAAAGAUCCCGAGAAGAAGAACGACGAGGAGAAGAUCAGCACCAUCCAGGAGGUGGACUGUCUUCUCUGGGCCAUCGGCAGGCAGCCAAACACGUUGGGACUGAACAUCAGCGAGACGGGUGCGGACACAGACGAGCGAGGCCACAUCAUUGUGGAUGAUUUUCAGAACACCAGUCGACCCGGGAUCUACGCUGUCGGAGACGUUUGUGGCAAAGCUCUGCUCACACCUGUUGCCAUUGCUGCAGGCAGGAAGCUGGCACACAGACUGUUUGAGGGCAAGAAGGACUCCAAGCUGGACUACUCCACUAUUCCCACAGUGGUGUUCAGUCACCCACCCAUCGGCACGGUGGGCCUCACAGAAGACGAGGCCAUUAAAUCUUCGGGGAAGGAGAAUGUGAAGAUUUACAAGACUUCUUUCACCCCGAUGUAUCACGCCCUCACGAGCAGGAAGAGUCAGUGCAUCAUGAAGCUGGUGUGUGUGGGCAAAGAGGAGAAGGUGGUGGGUCUGCACAUGCAGGGCCUGGGCUGUGAUGAGAUGCUGCAGGGCUUCGCUGUGGCCAUCAAAAUGGGUGCUACCAAAGCAGACUUUGACAAGUCUAUUGCCAUCCACCCCACCUCGUCUGAGGAAUUUGUCACGAUGCGUUAAUGCAAACGCAAACUCCCCCUACCCCCCCCGCUGCCCUGUGCAACCAAGACAAGCAUACCAGGACAGAGUCACCACUACUCUCGCAGCAGCUUGACGUCUUGCUUUCCAAAUCCACCUACAACCAUUUUCUCUCAUUUAAGUGACCUUAUUUGUGAGCAGUUUUUCAUUUUUCCUCUUCUAGUUUUCUCCUAAAUCAACCAAGAUGGAGUUAUGGUCUUUUUCAACUGUUCUGAAUUCUAUUUGAAUGAUUGUGAAAUGGAAGUGAUGGAUCGGCAGGUGCUGUUGUCAAGUGAUGGCACGGGAAGUCGAAAGACCUCUCUCCUUGUGUAUGUGUUUGAUUUGUCAGUCUUUUGUCAGAAUAAUUAUACUGCUGCUUCUUAAAGAAAAUAUUUACUACCAAUGCAAGGCCAUAGCCUAUCUAAUGUACUGUUUAAAAUAUUCAAUAAACCUUUUUUCUUA